AGCGGGGCGGGCCCGGGGCGGCGGGCGGCACCAUGUUGGGGAGCUGGCGGGGGCUGGCGGCGGCGGAGCCGGCCGGGCUAUGGAGCGAGGCUGCGGGGCGCGGAGUUCCAGAAGAUGCUCCAGUGCCGAUCUGUCUUUUACAAUGCAAGUUACGAGUGAAAUUUAGUAACUAACAUCUCCCUCCUCACCCUGAUCUCCAGUAGACUUCCCGUAACUCUCGGAAGAAAGGGUCGGAGGAGAAGGGCCAAAGGUCACCAUGAAGCUAAAGCAGCGAGUUGUGCUGUUGGCCAUCCUCCUCGUCAUCUUCAUUUUCACAAAAGUUUUCCUCAUUGACAACUUGGACACCUCAGCCGCCAACCGGGAGGACCAGCGCGCCUUCCACCGUAUGAUGGGCAGCCUCCGUGUAGAGCUGGACCCCCGACUCGACCACACCUUGCAGUCCCCUUGGGAGAUCGCAGCCCAAUGGGUCGUGCCCCGCGAGGUGUAUCCCGAGGAGACACCCGAGCUAGGGGCUGUUAUGCAUGCCAUGUCAACAAAGAAAAUAAUAAAAGCUGACGUGGGAUACAAAGGGACCCAGCUGAAAGCUUUGCUGAUACUUGAAGGAGGACAGAAGGUUGUCUUCAAACCCAAGAGGUAUGCCAGGGAUUAUGUAGUGGAAGGAGAACCGUAUGCUGGCUAUGAUAGACACAAUGCAGAAGUGGCAGCCUUUCACUUGGAUAGAAUUCUAGGUUUCCGACGAGCUCCCCUGGUGGUUGGCAGGUUUGUGAAUCUACGUACAGAGAUCAAACCAGUUGCCACGGAGCAGCUUCUGGGUACCUUCAUGACUGUGGGUAAUAACACUUGCUUCUAUGGAAAGUGCUACUAUUGUCGGGAAACAGAACCAGCUUGUGCAGAUGGGGACGUCAUGGAGGGGUCAGUGACUCUCUGGCUACCAGAUGUCUGGCCUCUUCAGAAGCAUCGGCACCCUUGGGGUAGGACUUACCGUGAGGGCAAACUUGCCAGGUGGGAGUAUGAUGAAAGCUACUGUGAUGCUGUGAAGAAGACUUCACCCUACGACUCGGGCCCCCGACUGCUAGAUAUCAUUGACACUGCGAUAUUUGACUAUUUAAUUGGGAAUGCUGACCGGCACCACUAUGAGAGUUUUCAGGAUGAUGAAGGAGCUAGUAUGCUUAUCCUUCUGGAUAAUGCCAAAAGCUUCGGCAACCCUGCCCUGGAUGAAAGAAGCAUCCUAGCUCCUCUUUAUCAGUGCUGCAUCAUCCGGGUUUCUACCUGGAACAGACUCAAUUACCUGAAGAAUGGAGUACUGAAGUCUGCCUUAAAAACUGCUAUGUCGCAUGACCCCAUCUCACCAGUGCUUUCUGACCCUCAUCUGGAUGCCCUAGACCAGCGGCUUCUCAGCAUUCUGGCUACAGUGAAGCAGUGCACAGACCAGUUUGGGCCAGAUGUUGUGCUGGUGGAAGACAGGAUGACACUGUCUCAUUUGUAAUUGUAGUGGAACACAGAUGAAACUCCCUCUUUAAGAAACAAACAAAAAAAAAAAAAGAGAGAGAGAGAGAAAAACAGCACAAUCAGUUCUGAAAGGCUGUGGCCAAGAUGGACUGAAAUGAACAGGAAAGCUUCCGAGCCAGAAAACAGAGGUGAUGCUGGCUUUUACCUUGGGCUGACAGCAGUGAGAGGUGGGAAGUUUGAGCCUUGCACGGCUCAGUACCCGUGAGGGCAUCUUGGCCAUUGUGGUGUGUCCAUUGCCGGCAGUGGACGUUGCACUGGAUAAAAAUGGCUCUCGGUGUUGGUGGAAGCGUGUGGAAUACAGACACUAAUGUGUGGACUGAUUUUAGAGGGGACAAAUGGAGAUGAACGGUCUGAUCCUCCUCCCUUCCUCCCUUCUCUUCCCCGCAUACACUCUUGCGAGUUUUGUUUGAUUCAGGGUUGUACAUAAUCAGCUGUGAGCUGGUUAGGUAUUUUAUUGCUUCUUUAGAAAAUGAGGAACCGGUGAAUAAAAUAAUUAUUAGACUGAACGGUUGCACCCCUCAGUGGGUGGGAGGUUCUUCAGAAUGCCAUUGGGCUGGGAGAGGUGACCUCAGCUCAAUUGCCCUCUCCUCAAUAAAAACUGGGAAAGGGGGUUGCCUCUUGUGAUAAUGUUUCAGGUUUAUCACUGAAGUCCUAUCAAAGAUUUAUGGCACAGGGUUGAAGACUUCGAGGAGGACAGGGUGGUUAUACAGCACUUGAUAGUUAAGGGGUUAAAGUAAGUUCCCACACGUCCUUCACUGUUUUCCAUUGGUAAGGAACCUGGCAAGGUCUGAGUUAGGGAAACACCCCUCCAGUCCUAUGUCAAUAUUAACCAAAUUUUCAUUAUAUUGUAGCUGAGGAGGAGGAGGACAGAGUUUGUCCUUGGAAGCAGAUUCCAUUUAGCGAAGUCGUGCUGCUUACUGCAUGCCCUGUUUAAUUUGGAGAAUCUGGACGUGCCGUGCUGCUGAAAAAGAGGUAUAUUGAUAGACUUCCCAGUAACCUACAGCCAUGGGAAGGGCCCUGAAGAGUGGAGAGAACCCUGAGCUGUGCUCUUUGCUAAUCAUGCACGGAGAGAGCUGCUUGCUGCUGUAAGCACAGCUCAGUGCUGCCGUUCUGUGGAGCACCAGCAGUUUUUCAGGCCCACCUUCUGCCUGACCUGUCUUGUGGCUGAGCUCUGAAGCUGUGAGCACUUGCAGUAAGAAUUCUGCCUUGCCCAAGUGCUUCCUGCAGCCCCCACUGUGCUAUUCUGGUGGGGGUGCCCAUCCUGCAGUCCUUGUUCCUGAUGGUUUUGCUGGAAGGUGAGGAACUGUCUGUGCAAGUUGGCUUUGCAGAGCAAACCAGCAGCACUCCUCUGUGCCAGUCCUGUCAUCCCUCAGCACUGUGUCAGUCUGCACUGCAGAUGAGCUUGUGCCCCAUAGAACUUGUCACACUUGUGGUAGAUCUGAAUCUGUCUCCAGAAGGGAAGCAGCUUCCAUCAUACUUCCAAAUUCACCAGCUUCACAUCAAUUUUCGGUUCAGGCAGCGUGGAACUUAGAAGUAAGAAAACUGAUCCCUUCCCAAAGUAUUUCAUAUUAUUGGAUUUAUGAGCUAGAGCAACAAAAUGUCAGCUUAAGACCUUUUUCUUGAUUUGUCUGUCAAAAUCUUCCUGGCUCUGCAGCAGUGUGACAGGCAGAUAAGAUGAAGAGCUGUUUCCUGUUGCUUGCACCUGCUGCCAUACCUGAUCAAAGAGGUGUUCAUGAAAGAGUUUAUUUUUAAAAGGAAUUUAUUUUGAACUCCUUGUACUGCCUGAGCAGAGUAUCUCAAAAGCAGAAUGAGACUGUUUUCCUGAAAUUGGCUUUUGUGUUCUUCUAGCCAUCUUUCAGGCUUGGCCACAACACAGACUCACCCCACAGUCAGGUUUGGAGCUAGAGUUAUUUGUUGGUGAUGCUAGUUAGGGGUAACACUGUCAUGGUAACACAUGCAGCCAGCUUUUUGGACACCGGUGUUAAAUGGGUGCUGUACUGGAUAAUAUAACACAUGCAUUAGAAGCCGUGGUUCUUUGUGCAUGUGUGCCAUGUGGGUGAUGCCUUGUGCGUCCCCUUAGCACAGAGCCAGGGGCUGGCAGCUGGUGUGAGCAGGGGCAGGGGCCACCAAGGGACUGACCCUGUCCAUCGCUGCCUGCAAUGCCAUGGCCUGGAGCAUGCAGGCACGUGUCAGUGGUUGAUGCUGACAUUGCUGGGAGGUACUGUGGGCAGCAGGUGGCUGGUGAAUGCUUUUAUUCUGAAGCAGAAGAGGCUUAUACCGAGGCAUUUGGACAUAAACUUGUUUCCCAGAAAGUUCAAGAGGAUUUACACAAAAGGGGAGACUGUAAAGCACAUGAGUUUUUUUACUUCUGUUUUUGAGCACUUAAUGUUUUGGGAUGGAUCUACAAAAAUUUCAAGUUUUGAUUUGACCACUCUUAGUCAUUUACAUUUGACUUUUAACAAAAGAUUCCAAAAAAACAUCUCUGUCUUCAUGAAAUGAAAGUAAUGUCUGUGCUUACGCUUUGUUUGUCAUGGGCCUCUACACCAAAUGUUCUGCAGUCAGAUCAGUCUUGGGGAUAAGUUUUCCAUCAGUAUGCGUAUCAAAGAUUUAAAGCACUGUAUUGGUGUAGUUGUAAGCAAAGGGCAUGAAAUCAAGCAUCGUAAUGUAGGAGUAAGCAGGAGAUAGGUGCUUUCUUUUUCUCUUUUUUUAUUUGUGUCAUAUUGAUGCUUCUGGUCACAGUGAGCACCACUGGAGCUUGGUGUUCUGCAGCAGGGAGGAGGAAUCAAUUCCUCUCUUGCCCUGGAAGAUCCAGUUUUGGCAGUGAUCAUUGUUUUGUUUGAAUGGGGAACCCUGAGAAAUGUUAAACGCCAACUGUAGCCAUCGCAAAGGAAAUAAGAAGCAGCACCCACAUGCAAACCAGAGUCUGCUUGAAUCUCUGGAAGCAGUGCUGCUCGCGAGGCAGGUGUUGGGUUCUUAGUCGAUGAGGGUUUCGUGGCACUUCUAAUUCUUGUUCACUUUGCACACUGUAAUUCCUGGCUCCAGAUGUUAUGGAACGGUUUUGUCGUGGGUGUUAGUAAUAUCAGAGCGCUUGAAGCACAGAAAUCAAGAACUAAUUAAAAAAAAAAACAAAACAGCAGAUGGCUGAUGAUGCUCUGUCUCCUCCUUCCCAAGUCAGCACUCGAGCUGGUGGAGCCCCUGAGACUGGCUCCUCUUCCAGCAGCUAGAGAACUGGAGUGUGUCUUGCCAAACAAACUUCAACUGAAAAAUAAUAAUUUAUUAAGAAGCUAAUUUAUUUGCUGUGGCAGCUGGAGCAAGAUGCUUGAAACAGACACCCCUGUUGGAGCUGUCAUAGGAUUGCCCCUGGGAACAGCUGCACAAAUGGAGUUUGCUAAUAAGAAAACAGAGUGCAAUCACAACUUUCUACUUGUAUCCCCCAGGGUCAGGUUCUGCAUAAAGGAACAUUGUGUGAAUAAAGAUUUUAAUAAAGCAA